AUGGGGGCAUCCGAAAGCCUUACGGAGCUGACCACAAGCCGGUCAGCUUUCGAUAUCGCCCAGAUCUGCCAGUCGGCUCUCAACGAGCAACCGACAACAACUCUGAAGAACAAGGCAACGGCUGUCCUCAAACAGUACACUCAUGAGGAAGUCUUCAUCCAUCUGCAGAAUGAUGAGUACUUGAAAGCGUUGGUUUGA